AUGGAGAUGGAGGAGGAAGUCAUCAAUCUAACAAAAGCUCAGGAUCCAAACGAAGCCUUGAGCCGACACGCAAUAGUGAAACCGCGUGCUCGGUUACAAAAGCUAGCCGAACAUAUUCAACGCCUAACAGAAAAGUAUACUCCCGGAACACCGAAUUCUCAACUACAACUCUUGGUGUUGCAGUUACUUGCGGUCAAGAAAGGAGAGUUCAUCGGCGAAGUGGCGCGGCUUGAAGCGGUGCCCGAACAACAAAAUACAACGCACUCUCCGCCUCAUGAGAAUAUUGACGGUCAGAACCCAAUAGAUACAGAAAUGGCUUCUCCUCUAGCGGAUCAGACGAUCAACAUAACCGACGAUAGGACAGAGCCUCCUCUCACCGACAAUCUUGAAUCUGCUCAAGUCCGGAAUUCAGAACCGGAUGUAACAGAAGAAAAGGUCAAGACUCUCAUUGAAGAGUUUGUCAACGACGCGGUUAAGCCAUGGAAGAGGAAAAUUAAGAAAGCUGCGGUUCAAGCAAUCAAGUUGGCUGAAACAACAAGGGUUGAUCUUGGCAAGGAGAACGAGCGGAUCACGUCGGUCGAAACCAACUACGGUCAAGCCGAUGUUCUGUACGGCGCUUAUCUUAAGCGAACCAUAGCCUUUGAGGAUACGACCUCGAAGUUGGUGGAUGACUUCGAGUCGGUUAGCCAAAGGGUAGCAGAGAUGGAACGGUCCCAAGAAGAGACCGAGCAACGGCUGACAAAGGUCGAUGAGGACCUGGGGAGGUCAAGUACCCAAGCCGGUUCGACACUCGACAGUGUCAUAAGUCUUGAAGAGAAGAAUGCAACCCUUGAGGAAAGAAACACCAAGCUUGAAGCCGACCUCAAGACGGUCACCGAGUAG